AUGGAAUACCUCAGUAGGCUCCUCAAAGGGCUUAAAGAAGAGAAAACAUUCAAAUAUCAUCCUAAAUGCUCUAAGCUGGCCAUUACUUACUUAUGUUUUGCAGAUGACUUACUUCUGUUUUCAAGAGGAGAUUUGGAGUCCAUCAAGAUACUUCAAAGGUGCUUUUCAGAGUUCUCUCAAGCUGCAGGAAAAUCUCACAAAAAGCUCCAUAUACUGUGGUGGAGUUCAGAUGGAGGUAAGGCAACAAAUUAUGCAACAACUUGGUUAUACAGUGGAAGAGCUACUUUUCAAAUACUUGGGAGUGCCUCUCUCAACAAACAAGUUGACUAUAAUACAGUGGUAUCCACUCAUAGACAAGAUCAUGGCAAGAAUCAACUCAUGGACAACAAAAAAUUGUCUUAUGCUGGAAGAACUCAACUGAUUAAGACUGUUCUGUUUGGAGUACAGUCUUACUGGGGUCACCUUUUUAUUAUUCCUUCAAAGAUAAUUAAAGUGAUUGAAGGAUUAUGUAGAAGCUAUUUAUGA